AUGCGUUUCUAGACUAUAUAUCCCGGCUGCAGCCGCCCAGCUGUCAGAGCGCGAGCCCGUGAGCAGGACGCCCUUGGACUUGGCCUGCUGGGGAGUCAGGGCCUCGGACGCCUUUGCCAGACUUUGGUAAGCCCGGCUGCGCGCAGCGCUCCGAUGCUGGAGAUGGAGCCCCUCAACAGCACGCACCCCAGCACCGCGGCGCCCGUCACCCCGCUGGAGUCCCACAGCCCCGGCGGGGCCGGCGGCCACGGGAACGAGUACUUCUACAUCCUCGUGGUCAUGUCCUUCUACGGCGUGUUCCUGCUGGGCAUCAUGCUGGGCUACAUGAAGUCCAAGCGGCGGGAGAAGAAGGCCAGCCUCCUGCUGCUGUACAAGGACGAGGAGAGGCUGUGGGGCGAGGCCAUGAAGCCGCUGCCCACCGGGCCGGGCCUGAGGCCGGCGCAGGUGCCCGUGAUGCUGAACAUGCUGCAGGAGAGCGUGGCGCCCGCCCUGUCCUGCACCCUCUGCUCCAUGGAGGGCGACAGCGUGAGCUCCGAGUCCUCCUCGCCCGACGCGCCCCUCACCAUCCAGGAGGAGGGGGCCGACGACGAGCUGGGGGAGACCUCCGAGACGCCCCUGAACGAAAGCAGCGAGGGCUCCUCGGAGAACAUCCAUCACAAUUCCUAGCACCCCCCGGGCCUCUGGAGGUGGCCCCGUCCGCCGGCUCCCCUAGAGAGAGGAAGGACACGUUCCGUGUCUGGGUUCACUGUUGCAGUGCAGCUGCCGCUUUGAAGGGACCCUCGGCCAGCCCCCUGAAGGGGGGACGCUGGGGGACCCGGCUCAGCCGGAGCCAGCAGCAGCCAGGAGUCCGAGACGCGCCUGUGGUGUGAACCCGCCGCUGCAGAAGCUCUGAAGACGUGCAGUGCGUGCAUUUCCUUGGGGCCUGGGGCUCGGGGGUCCUGCUCAGAAUUUGGCAGGUCCGGGGUCUUGCUCUCGUGCUCUCACUGGAUGCCCUGGGUAACCCCUGCAGCCCCUGCCCACUCCCAGGGCUGCCCAGUGCCCAGGACAUGCUGGGAAGCCAGCUGUGGUUUGCUAACUUGCCUAGAGCUUUGUUCUUCUAGACCUGACUGGCUGUAAGUACCUCCGCGGGGUGCCUGUGGUAUGAGUUGGCCAGGUACAGUGCUUCUGGUCUUUUGGGUUGGGAGGGGGCCGUUUAGAGGAAGACUUUCCAUGGGAGAAAGCUGGAGAUUUGAACCCAGCCCAUUUGCAUAUCGUAAGGGGGUGGGGGGGGGAGGAAAUGCAACCUUUAAACUUGUUAACAUUGGCUGGGAUUAUAAAACAUGACCCUUUCUCUAACCUAUGACCUUGAACUCUGACCUGGGACCAUCCAGCAUUCCAUGCUGGCAUGAAGUUUUUCCAGUUGGAAGGGCUUCUCCAGAAUCUAACCUGCCCUCCUAAUGGCGGUGCAGGGGGCUCUUCCUGAUCUUUCCAGAAGGGGUACUGGUGGGGUUGAACCAAGCUAGCAGUUAGCUCUGUUGCUGCUCAUUUCCCAGCCUGGUUUUCGGAGCUGGGAGGGGACAUAAUGUGGGCCUCGGUGCUAUGGCCUUUCGUUACGUAGCUGAGACCUAGAAGGGCAGACUCAGGCAGCAAUCGCAUAAAGCUGGGGUCCAAGUUCUGUUUCCUGAUCCCGAGCCCUGACACUGGUUUGCUGUGUGGUCCUGGGCAUGUCAUCAAGAGGUUUACCGCCUCCAUGAGACUCCCGAUGAUCUGCAUCCCCAGGGGGCUGGGAGGAUGUCUUCAGAUUUUAAGACUCUGAUAAAUCCUGCAUGGCCUGGUGUGAGGAAGCUUGGACACAAUAUUUCCCCCUUGAGCAGUCAGUCUGAGAAAGGAUCUGCUUAUUUAAAGGAGCAGUUGGAGACUAGGAACUGGGAAAUUCAGGGCAAAUCACCAACUCAUCUAGGCUGCAGACAUCGUGUUUUACUCUGCAAAGCUCUCUGGGCGCUGGAAUGUUAACCCUCCGGCUAGGGGAACGAGAAACCCAAAAGGAAAUAAAUGCUCAGGAAUGCUGCCGACCUCCCGUGUAUUCCUGCGGGCCAUGGCUUUGCAGCAGACCCUCCAGGCACUCGAACGCCAGGAGGAAGAGAAACACACCAAAGGUCAAAUUUGAUUCUAGUAAAAACAAAAAACUUCUUUUUUAAAUUAAAACAAACAUACUCUCCCUCGUUUGGAGACAGCAGUAACUACUUGUUCCCACGGAAGGGUUAACAGUGUAGGAGCUGGUCUAUCAGCUCUCCUUAGCACAGUGCUAGGGGAAAUUUAUGUUUGGGGGCGGGGGGAAGGGGGCCUCUGUUCACUUUAAAAUUCAGAGUGUGGAUUUACUCCAAAGGGGGCUGUUUAAGGUGAAAGAAGCCAAGUUAAGUUGGCCCCUUGCCUGGAAUCACUUGAAUUCUGCAACUUGACUGCGACGGACAUGUGCGUGGUCACAUUUUCCAUUGCUUCAUCCUGAAGUUUGGUGCAAAUCUAGCUGCGCCUAUUAAACAGUGAUGUAUAUACUUCCUUCUUGUUCUGUGAAGUUGUAUAAAAUUGUUCUCUGUAUUUAACAGUUUGUCAUGUUCACGAUAUUUUUUAAUUUAAAUAAACAAACACAUUUCCCUGAGGAA